UCUAAGUUUUAGAACAUCGGAUAUAUGUGACAUGGGAUGAUCAUCUGAGCCAUCUAACGCGUUCGCUGUUUGCUGUACUGGGAACGAGUUAUUUUGUAAGCGCACAAUUAGCAUGCAUAUACGAGCGUGUAUACAUUCUCACGCGCAUUCUUGCCCACUGUAUAUUGCGCUUACCUCUUGGACUCGUCAAAAUUUCUAAAUAUUGCUGAUGGCCACUAAUUUUAGAAGCUACAACAAUUUGACGGAUGAUCAAAAGAUCAUUCUUAGGGCGUUUUAUGACAAUGGAAUGAACACGACGGCAAAACAUAUGCAGGAAAUAAUACUGAGAGCUGCUGAACAAGCUGGGGCAACCUACGACCAAGUAAAGAAAUGGAUUGGAAAUGAAAAAAGGAAGAGAAAGCUAGGUGAAAGUAGGACAGAAGAAAACAAGCAUGAAGAUUCAGAUGACAAUGUACUAAGAAUAGGUCCUCCACUUAAAAGAGUAGCAUCUGGCUACAACAUAUUUUCAUCAAGCAUGCUAAGUUCAGACUUGUGCAAGGCUAUUGAUUCAAAAUCGGAGAAAAUGAGAUUUGUUUCGUCACAAUGGCAAGCUCUUAGUGCUGAAGAAAAGAAUGAUUGGAAGAGCAAAGCCAAGCAGGUUGACAGAAUACGUCCACUAGAACUGGGAGAAGACGAAAGACGAAAACACAUUGCCAAGACAAAAAAAAAUCUCAUGAAAGAGAUUUCUUAUCUGGAAAACCUGGGAUGCGAGGUGGCUGUUGUGAUGAUAGAACCAAGUGGGAACAUCAAUCAGCAUGGUUCAAACAAAGGUGUUCAGUUUCUCAUGCAAAACGAAGCAGUGGCAAUAAAGUUCAUGGAAUUCUUUGAUCGCCCGGCGGAAGACAAACAACAUACCCGUGCCGAUGUCCAGAAUCUGUUCAACGAGAAAUAUAGUGAAGCAUGUGGGAUUCCUGGCAGUAGAGUUCCUUACAAAAAAGGUGGUUUUACAGUUACUGGACUGCCUGAAGGAAUUAUUUUUAAGAAGCCGCUCAAUUAUGGAAGUGAUCAGAUAAAGAAAGUAAUGAUGAAUGCAGAAGAAAUUAUCUUUCACAUCACACGAGAACGAAACAUAAACGAUUCAAAACUAACCCAUGACCCACUGGCUAGUACAUCUGUACCAUCAGACAUUCAGAACUUGCUUUCUAAAAUUAUUGAGAAGGAACUGAUACCUGAAGUCGUUUCUGGCAAGUAUUCAAUAGAAGAAAAAGAUUUGGAGGUUAAGGAUUUGCAAAUUACCGAACAAGAAUUUCAACAUCUCACUACCAGGUUUCGAAAGUACUUCACUGAAGAUGGCUGGAAUUCCCUGAAAGGAAACUAUGAAAGUGCUUGUAACCAUGAGGGUUACAUAAUACCAGUCUAUACCGAGUCGGAUAAACCGUACUGGCUGUUCUAUUAUCCUGGAAAAAUAUCCAAUUUGCUAAGUCUGGAACCAAAUGCCGAAGUUUGGGGCUACUGGUUGAAUCAGACAAAAGAGCAAUGGCAGUAUGAGUUAAUAUUUUCAAAUAAGAAAAUGUCAAUCAAUGCCAUUAACAUCAUUAGCGUCCAAGAAAAUGGUUCAUCUGAACCAAUUCUUCUCAGACGAAAGAUCGUUCUAAAGAGAAGGAGUCAAGUUGUUGUGUGCCAAUCAUUCCAUGAUAGAGUCAUUGCGUGUUUGGAAAAUUAUGGAUAUGUGUGAAUAAGUUUUAAUAGUCAUUGUUGCAUUGAAACUAUAUCUGACUGCGUUCAUUCACUCUAUUAAAGGCUUAUUACGUUACAUUUGCAUUUGUGUUUGUAAUGAUUCGUCAACGCACCUUGACCUUGUCAUCAUCAGUCAUCUGGACACAUGCAUAAUG